GGACUUUAUUUAAUUUAUUGAUAGGACGCGUUUAGGCAUUGAACGAAAGGUAACCCUAAGCAAAAUCGGUUGAGAAAUGAGCAAUUUACGACUUCGAUGUCCACACAUUGCCUUUCAUGGGAACGUCGCCCCUGCCAACAUGGCCGCCACGUGGGCACGUCGAUUACCCGGCUUGUUACGGAACGCUAGUGAAUCUUGUGUUCUCUCCAUGCAUCUCUCCAAGUACAAGUUACCUAAAAAAAUUUUUUUUUAACUAAAUUCUAAUAAAUAUAAAUAAAUAACACCAACUUGUGAUUAUGUGAUAGUAUCGUGAUAUUAAUAUAUUAUAACCAUACUGUAUGGUUUCGGUAUUCGAUAAUUCUAUACAGCGACGCUGCGUGGCUAGCCUAUGCGGCAACUGAGCGCCGAUGCUCGGUCGGAGAUGAGGAGGAGCACCGAGGAAGUGGCUGGAAGUCUUGAGCGUGGCAGCUAAAAAAGAAAAAAAAAAGAGGAAGCGAAGACAGCGAACGGAGACAUGGAUGCGGCAGCUUGACGCCGUUUACCGACGCCCACGGAUGAAAUAUUUCUUUAGUUCGGACGAUGAAAAGCAGCACAGAAAAAGGAGCGAGACAUUUGAGCUAGCCUGUCUAGUUGACGUUGUUCCUUUUUUCGGCUAAUACGGUCGGUGAAUGCGACAAACGUUGGUUACUUUAUGCCUAUCAUUAUCGCGAAUAUAAUGAUUUGACGACGUAAUGGAAUGACGCGUUGUUAAAUGGUAGCCGCCGACGAUUUUUUUUUAUUUUUGGAAGGUAGACGUCGCUAGCCAAAAUGAGACUCAAUGAAGAUCAGGUUCUGUAGCCCAUCUAACCGUUGUACGCGUGUUCUAAACGGUGACAGUGACACGAGUACGAGUCUGUGUGGAUACCUGAAGCGUUAAUUGAAGUUCUGUUUUUGUGAGGCAAACAAGUUAAGGGAAUAAGUGGACUUGUCAAAAUGGACCCGAGUGGCUCCGUUGUAGCUCGCUUCGUUUAGAUGUACGUGGUGUGGUUACAUGUAUUUUUGCAAAUCUUCGCGAGGUUGUACUCAACGAAACCGAAAAUCGAGACAUGCGGAUUUCGUCGAUUUUGGCCAUGUUCCGGCCGGCUCUCCCCUUGAUCCUCGGGCUGUCUCUGGGCUGCAGCCUGAGCCUGCUGAUGGUGUCCUGGACGCAGGGGGACACCGACGACGCCUGCGGGGACGAGCUGGCCGACGGGGGGAAGCUUUACCUGGGCAGGGGGGACGCUCAGAAGGAUCCCAAGGAUGACGGAGGAGGAGAAGGCGGCGGCGGCGGCGACGACGACUUCCAGCCUCGCAUUGUGCCCUACCACAAGGACCCGAACCAGCAGCACAAGAAAGUCCUGAGAACCCGCUACAUCCACACGGAGCUGGGCAUCCGCGAGCGCCUCCUGGUGGGCGUGCUGACGUCCCGCGCCACCCUCAACACGCUGGCGGUGGCGGUGAACCGCACGGUGGCGCACCACUUCCCGCGCACCUUCUUCUUCACGGGCCUGCGCAGCCCCAAGGUGCCGCACGGCAUGGCGGUGGUGGCGCACGGCGACGACCGGCCCGUGUGGCUGAUGUACGAGACGGUGCGCCACCUGCACCGGAAGUACGGCGACGACUACGACUGGUUCCUGCUGGCCCAGGACGACACGUACAUGCAGGCGCGGCGGCUGAUCCGGCUGGCGGACCACCUCAGCGCCGGCCGGGACGUCUACAUGGGCCGCGCCGAGGAGUUCAUCGGCGGCGAGGAGAAGGCGCGCUACUGCCACGGCGGCUACGGCUAUCUGCUGUCGCGCGGCCUGCUGUCGCGGCUGCAGCCGCACCUGGACGCCUGCCGCAACGACAUACUAAGCGUGCGGCCCGACGAGUGGCUCGGACGUUGCAUCAUCGACUACCUCGGCCUCAGCUGCGUGGAGGUCCACCAGGAGAUGACGUUCCGCUACUUCGAGCUGGGCAAGAACGCCGACCCGGAGCGCGAGGACGGCGCUCAGUUCCGAGAGGCCUUCACCGUGCAUCCCGUGUCGGAGCCCAACCUCAUGUACCGACUGCACAAGCGCUUCAGCCAGCUCGAGCUGGACUUGACCUACGCGCAGAUCCAGGACCUGCAGAUGCAGAUCGGCAACCUGAGCGAGCUGAUGCCCGAGGGCGCGGCGGGCCUGACGUGGCCGGUGGGCAUCAACGCGCCCUUCAAGCCGCGCACCCGCUUCGAGGUGCUCAACUGGGAUUACUUCACGGAGGAGCACAUGUUUGCGUGCGCCGAGGGCUCGCCCAAGUGCGAGCUGCGCGGCGCCGACCGGGCCGACGUGGGCGCUGUGCUGGAGGUGGCGCUGGAGCGUCUCAACGCGCGCUACCAGCCGCGCCUGCGCUUCCUCAAACGUCGCCUGCUCAACGGCUACCGGCGCUUCGACCCCACGCGUGGCAUGGAGUACGUCCUGGACCUGGCGCUGGAGGCGUACACCCAGAAGGGCCACAGCCAGGUGAUCGCCAAGCGGGUCCACCUGCUGCGGCCGCUCAGCGCCGUGGAGAUCAUCCCCAUGCCGUACGUGACGGAGGCCACGCGGGUGCAGCUCAUCCUGCCCAUCACGGCACAGGAGCGCGAGCACGUGGCCGCCUUCCUGGACACGUACGCCGCCAACGUGCUGGACACGCACGACAACGCCCUCCUCACUGUGCUCUUCGUCUACGACCCGUUCGAGGCGCAGCGCGUCAGCCGGGAGGACGUGUUCGCCGGCGCCAAGGCGGCCGUCGGCGAGGCGGAGAAGCGCUACCCGGACGUGAAGAUCCCGUGGAUUAGCGUGAAGACGGAGGUGCCCUCGCAGGUCAAGCUGAUGGACGUCAUCUCCAAGAAGCACCCGGUGGACACUCUCUUCUUCCUGGCCAGCGUUUGGACCGAGGUCAAUGCCGACUUCCUCAACCGCUGCCGCAUGAACGCCAUCAGCAGCUGGCAGGUGUUCUUCCCGGUCCACUUCCAGGAGUUUAACCCGGCCGUGGUCCAGCAGCCCUCCGCCUCCCCCAACGCCGACUCGCUGCGGGACGGACACUUCGACCGGCGCGUCUUUGACGAGGCCUGCUUCUACAACGCCGACUACAUGAGCACGCGCGCCAAGAUGGCGGCCGACGCGCUGGACAACGAGGAGCUGCUGGAGAGCAUGGACGUGUACGACGUCUUCGUGCGCUACUCGGGCCUGCACGUCUUCCGGGCCGUGGAGCCGGCGCUGGUCCAGAAGUACGUGCAGCGCCAGUGCAACCCGCGCUUCAGCGAGGACAUCUACCACAGGUGCGUGCUCAGCAACCUGGAGGGACUCGGCUCCAGAUCGCACCUCGCCAUGGCGCUGUUCGAGCAGGAGCAGGCCAACAGCACCUAGGAGGCUUGGAAAGUGACUAUCUUUCUACUACAGGCUCGCAGACUGAACUUGGUGGAGGGACAAUGCUCGUCUUCUUGUCAUAAAGAGCUACUGCAAAUCCACCAUUGACCUGCCUUUAUGAUAUUGUCAAGUUGAAAUAAAGUGGCGUUAUUUGUU